ACUUGCACGGGCUUGCAGCGCCGGGCGGGUCCCAGCGCGGUACACGGGGGAGCCGGAGCUCGGUGCAGCGCCGGGGCUCCCCUGGGCUCCCUCCCUGGGCCUCUGCAGCCCCCGGCAUGGCUGAGGAGAAGCCCCUCACCGUGGUGACCUGCACAGCCCCUGUCAACAUCGCGGUCAUCAAGUACUGGGGGAAGCGAGAUGAAGAGCUGAUUUUACCCAUCAAUUCCUCUCUGAGCGUCACCCUGCACCAGGACCAGCUUAAAACCACCACCACAGCCGCCAUCAGCAGAGACUUCAAAGAGGACCGGCUCUGGCUGAACGGGGAGGAGGCCGAUGUCGGGCACCCACGGCUGCAGUCCUGCCUGCGGGAGAUGCGCCGCCUGGCCAGGAAGCGGAGGGGCGGCAGUGCUGGGGCCGCGGCCCCCCUCAGCCUGGCCUACAAAGUGCACGUCGCCUCGGUGAACAACUUUCCUACGGCAGCCGGCCUGGCGUCUUCAGCAGCGGGGUACGCCUGCCUGGUGCACACCCUGGCCCGGCUGUAUGGCGUGGAGGGCGAGCUCUCCGAGGUCGCCCGCCAGGGCUCGGGCAGCGCCUGCAGAAGCAUACUUGGGGGCUUCGUGCAGUGGCUGAUGGGGGAGCGGCCCGACGGCAAGGACAGCAUUGCCCAGCAGGUGGCGCCGGAGACGCACUGGCCAGAGCUCAGAGUACUCAUCCUGGUGGUAAGCGCUGAGAAGAAGCCAGUGGGUAGCACGGCUGGGAUGCAGACAAGCGUGGACACCAGCCUAUUGCUGAAGCACCGCGCAGAGGCGGUGGUGCCAGAGCGCAUGGCCCAGAUGAUCCAGUUCAUCCAGCAGCGAGACUUUGAGGGCUUUGGCCAGCUGACCAUGAAGGACAGCAACCAGUUCCAUGCCACCUGCCUGGACACCUUCCCUCCCAUCUUCUACCUCAACGACGUCUCCCGGCGCAUCAUCGCCCUGGCCCACCGAUUCAACGCCCACCACGGCAAGACCAAGGUGGCCUACACCUUCGACGCUGGCCCCAACGCUGUGAUCUUCACCCUGGCGGACACGGUGGAGGAGUUUGUGGAAGUGGUGAAGUGCAGCUUCCCCCCUGAGUCUAACGGAGACCAGUUCCUGAAGGGGCUGCCGGCCAGGCCCGCCUCGCUCUCGAAGGAGCUGCUCUCCGCUGUGGUGUUGGAGCCUGUUCCUGGGGCGAUCCGGUACAUCCUCCUCACCAAGCCAGGGCCGGGGCCUCAGCCUCUGGACGAUCCCAACCUACAUCUGCUGGGAGCAGAUGGGCUGCCCUGCCCCAGGGCCUGAGCAGCGCCCUGCGGAGCAGCUGUCCGGCCCCCUUCAGCCUCAGGGAGACACGCUGAGCCAAGACGCUUCCAGCCUGCGGGGAACAUGGAUUGUGACGAUGCCGUUUCAGUCGCUGGCUCUCAGGAGAGCGGAGAGGCAUUCGGGGCUUGGCCUUGGGGAAUCGAUCCCAGCAAAGCUGGGGGAUUGCCGGUGAGGUACAGUCUGGGAGAAGGUUUUCAGGUCCUGCUGUGCCUGCUGCUCCGUCCUGGGGGAUUUAAUGCUGGGGAAGAGUGCUGGUGACCAAAGCCCCCUCGCAGAACACAUGCCACCUGGCCAGUGGCAGUGCCAGUGACCCACGCUGCCCAGCCAGUGUGCUGCUCCCCCCAUCUGCCGGGGCCCCUCGGGGAAAGGAGGGUCCCAUCUCCAUGGCCAAUUCUGCCAGCAAAGGAGGGCAGUUUGAUGAGGCCUGUUCGUCUGCUAGGAAAAGGACUGAGACUCCACAGCAAACCGCUUCCAGAUGGGAACAGCUCCUGGCGCCAGCUGCCCUGGGCUCCUUUCUGGUGGGGCCUGAUCUGGACUGACCUAGAGAUGAAGGGCUCACCCAUCCCCUUAGCCAGCUGGUGCCGCUCUCCAGCACAGAUCACCCCGUCCCAGGCUGCGCUGAGAAGCUGGGUUUUAAAAAUGGAGCAAUAGGAACAACUUUGAAGUGUCCCUGCUUCCUUGUUGUUGGUUUUUCGGUGUAAAUGCCCAUGAAUAUCACUUUCUGAACCCAGAAGUGUCUGUCAGUUUUUUACAUUCCUGCCCUGCUUCCCUUCGACCUGUUAAGGUCCAGCGGGAGACACCCAGAGGGAUGGAGGAGAGGGUGUUGUCCAGGAAGAGGCUGGAAAUGAAGUAGGUAGAUUAAAUUCCUGCAUUACAUUAGCAGCACUAACCAGUCCAGUCCCACCACACAUGUAGAACUGUUUCUUUCCAUGAUGAUUCCACAGCUACUUCAUCAAACGUUUGGAAUAAAAGCCCUGGUGUCGGGGGCAAAUUCUGGUUA